AGUAGUGGUACGCGCAGGAGUUGGGUGUGAAGAUGGCGGACGAGGAGGCCGAGCAGGACCGCAGUCCUGAGAACGGAAUCACUGAAACGAUUAGAGAACUGAGACAGCGCUUACAAGAACUACAAGAAUUCAUUAUCAGAGAGAGCGACGAGUCUCCGGCCGAGUCGUCGUCUGAGUUCUGCCAGGGUUUCUGCAGAGUGAGUCAUUUUUCUUCACAUUUGAGCUGAGCUAACGUUAGCCACAGCUAGCCUGAAUCCUAAAGGUCUGCCAUUGCUCCAGGGAAAUGUACUGUUUCACUUUAACAUACUCACUGAAUGUAAACGUGUUUAGAAAGCUGUUUUAGUCUGCUACAGUGUACGAGUGUGUGAGUGGGUGAAACCUACUCGGAGACAUAUUGUAAAAUCAGAAAAACUCACUGUUAUAGUCGCUAACGUGAGCUAGCUCCACUGAGAUCCAUUGCUCUGAACGUUAGCUGUGUCUGCAGGGGGUUUGGACUGGGAUUAUAUUAAAUGAACAUAAUUAUUGAACCCCAAGCAUCCCGGUGUAUACAGUUUCACUUGAAUAACUAAAGAAGAAAUUUGUUUUAAAACCAGGACUAUGAUAUUCUGUCGUAGCAUGUUGAGUAUUACAUUAAAACACGUCGAUAGCUUGUAGCCUGUUCUGUUUGGCAUCAUGCGCCUGAACAAGGAUGUACAUAUGGACAAUUUUUCCCCUCUAUUCAACACACUUAACACUAUCUGAAAAUAAGAAAUAUAUAAUGAAUAACUAGAAUAUAGUUUUCUUAGUGUUAUAUGAAACAGUUCAUUAUAUUGUUCAUUUAAUAGAUAUUUCAACUGCCGCCCAGUGCUAUUUUGCCACAUGCACUUUAAAUGGCACAGUUUGUCAGCAAUUUAGUAAAUAAAAUAGAAGAAGCAUUUUUAAUUUUAAAGGGUUUAUAUUAUAGUUUUCACAUUUAUAAGGACUUUAGCCUGAGAAAGAAUUGACAUUUAUAAAGUAGGGAUGCAAUCUGUGUCAUCCAUAAUCAACCUUUGCAGAUGUUACGGAUAAUUAUUAAUUUAAUAGUUGAAAAUGUUUGUUUUUUCAAUUACAAAAACAAUACUGACUGCUUUUUAUUCUGUGUUUCGUAUUGUUUCAUUUCACACGGCAGCACAAUACAUAAAACUGAUUGUAUUGUAGAGCAACAGAACAUGAUGAGGCAUAUUAUCGAUGCAGAACAUCAAAUAUCAACAUGCAGAGCAGGCUCAAAAAAACAUCCCAGCUGACUACUAAAUGCGGAACUGCUGUAUCAAGAGUAGGGCUUUUUACUUAUAAUACCGAUAUUGUAGCCUUUAGUAUUGGCCGAUACUGAUAUUGAUCUGAUGUUUGCAGACAUCACUCCUACUCCUUGCUACUUUGUUAGUACCUUAGUACACACGGUUGCUGUGAUCACGUAGGCCCUGCAUGCUGGCACUGAAGCAGAGUCUGGAGUGGACUGCUUGUAACAGAGUGCUGAUAUUGGAGAUUUUAGACACAGGCAGAUAUAAUCCAAUCUGCUUUUUUGCUGAUAUUGGAACAAUAUCAAUAUCGGAUAGGGACAUCCCUGAUAGGGACAUCCCUAUUAUCAACAUGUCCAUGUCCAUUGGCUCACUUGAUCAUUGAGUUAAAUAUGCAUGUCCAUACAGUAGUAUGUUGAUUAGUAUUAUAACCUGUUUAGUGAUGCACGAUAUGAAAAAUUUCAACCGAUACCGAUAACCGAUAAUUUUCUUCUUCUCGUGGCCGAUACCGAUAACCGAUAAAUUCAUAUUUUUACAUUUAUUAUAAUCUUCAUAUAAUCUGCAGUUUGUGCAGGAUGCAGCGAUUGAAAACUGAUGUUUUUGUUGCUCUGGCCUAUCUAGAACAACAAACAAAAGUUUUUGGCUCUUCAAAUGUGGUCAUUUGCUAUAAAUAACAAUAACAGAGCAAAAAGCAGAACUUCAUUUGAUCCCCUGAACUGUUCAACAGAACUGUAAACUGUAAAGGAGCUAUUAUGAGACGUUAGGCUUAGCAUGCUGACCGGACUAACAUCUGACGUCCAUAUGUCUGUGGUAAAACUCACGUGUAGUCCGUUCUUGUCGAUCAGGUUGUGAAUGUAUGUGGCGACAAUAUCAUAGAGUGCAGGAAGAGACACAUCCGAGAAGAAGCGGCGGCUUGGGAGAGUGUAACGUGGCUCCAAGUGUGCUAUUAACUUGUGAAAACCCGGGUUCUCAGCGACGGAAAAAGGCUGGUCGUCGACCGCUAUGAACUCCAUCACUUUGUCGUUAAUGGCUUUAGCCUUUUCGCUGUCUCUUGAGAAGCUUUUGCAGUUUUUAAACGCCCGCUGAAUGGGGACAUCGAUCCUCCGUAGUGUUGUUGUCUUAGCUUUAGUACCGCCAGCAGCUUCGGCGGCUGUCUCAUAUUCUUUUACUACCGCUUCGCCGCGAUGGCGACUUUUCAGAUGAGCUAUCAGAUUCGCUGUGUUAAUACUUGACGUCUUCAUUCCGCCUCUCGGAAUCCUCGCUGAACAGGUUUUGCAUAUAGCAAUGCUGUUGUCAUCUUCUGCCACUGAGAGAAACGACCAUGCUGGUGAAGACAUUUUAUUAUCUGUCAGGUAGUGACGGGGUCAGGCUUGGGACCUGCGAGUAAGGCGCGAUAGAUGACGUAACCAGCGCGUCUCGGACGGGCGGCUACUCCGCCUGCAAACGUUACUCGUAAUUUCAUUAAUAUAUCGGAUCUUUCUAUCAGAAAAAUGCACCUAUCGGACCGAUAAAAAAUGACGUAAUUUCCCCCCAAAUCGGCCGAUAUUUUAUCGGUCCGAUAAAUAUCGUGCAUCCCUAAACCUGGUCAUAAUCUGUGAUGGCAGAAAUCAUCCUCAUCAGGUUUUAAGGAUGCUGGUGUUCCAGCUUUGCCAUUCAAGCAAAUCUCUCACCAUUGACUGUUUACCAGUUACCGUUGUAUGUCCAGAAGAUAAAGCAGCAGCUAUGUAUUGUCUCCUUGAAAGAAGAGCUAGUAGAACAUGGUGCAUGGCUGCAGCACUGGCUUAGUGUCUUUGGUAGGUGAAACACCUUCAUGCCACUGAAACGUGCCAACAUUAAACUCAAACUCCAUCCUGUCAGCUGAAUGAAGUAUGGGACCACAUGUUUUUUUUUCUGCCCCAGAAUUCACUUUUUAGAAGUCCUUAAACAUCUUUCAACAGUUUGUUUCUCAUAACACUAUUGUAAACAUCCCUCCAAGUCGGAUUUAAAAUAUGUAAAAAUGUAAAAUGAUUCAAGUAUGUGCAGUGAAAGACCUGCAGUUGUGGUGAGAGUCAAAUCCUCAGUGUUUUAACUAAAAGUUCAGCAGCUAAAAAUUACACCAUCUUGCUGUCACAGAUGUUGCAGGCACAUGGAGAUCUAUUUGACCUGUUCCAUCACAUAAGUGGGUAGUCUUUAUUGGACUAAAACAUUGUCAAUAAAUGCUUCUUAGACCUACAUUAUGAAAGACUAUGCUUGCAGAUUUACGUGAAUUAAGUCAUCUUCCUCACACCUUUUUAUAUGAAAAAAAUUUGUGAAGUGUUUUCCUACAAUAACACCAAAGCAGAUGUUCUACUCCUAAAUGCAUAGAUAACUAUUUGUAGUUUUAACACAGUGUCUGGCUCUGAUGAGCAAAAUAACCAAUCAUAGUUUUCAAAGGGAGGUCCAUGCCACCUCCCCUGGACAUACCUCUGGAUUUCUCUUGCUCCAUGAAGGACUGUUUGUAGUCAAACUCCCAAAUUCUGUUGUCAGCUCAGUGUAACAUAGCUCUGCUAACUAGCCGUCAUGCCAUGUUUCUGAAUUUCCAGCUGUUAGUUGAAGAAAGGCGGUGUUUUUAAGUCUCACCUCUGAUGAACUCCCGUUGUGUGUUGCAAGUUAAAUGCACACUUUUACAGAAGAUGCAAGCAGCUUUCCAUCAUGUUUAGACACAUUUCAGAGCAGAUUAGAUUUAGUGUCAUACAAGGCCUGCACAGUGCACAUUACCAUCUGUAUAAUUCACUAGUUGAAGAAAUGUGUAUGUCAAAGAGGCGGAUCUACAGCAAGCAUUUGCACUCUGGUGGCAUAUUUGGAAAGAUAAGAUGUGUUUCUGUCUGCAGACACAGAGCGAAGGAAAACACGUGACUGGGGCUUUAAAGAGGGGAAAUAAUGCAUUUUCCAGACUCUAUACUUCCUUUCUGAUUCCUCUUUAAUAGCUUUACAUGAUUUUCAGAUAAAAAAAACAAAGCCAUAAUACACCGUGGCAUAUUAAAACUCCAUCUGAUAGACUUUGUUUGAGUUGCUGUCUCUUUAAGGUCCCUCCCCCUCAACGAGCCUUCUUUCCUCUGAUUGGCCACCUCUCUGGAGGCAGGCCAAGGGCAGAACUUCGUGUUUUUGUCAGGUGUCACCUCAUGCUGUUGGAGUCUUUGCCCAAAUCACUGAUGAACUAGUAAGAAGAGCCUCAUCUUGCGUUUUUUGCUCAUGGUUACAUUUUGAGUAGUUUCACCUAUUUUUCAAGGACUAUGACAACAUAUGUUUACCUUGGAUUUUUAGAAACUUUGCAUACAUCUAGUAUGGACACCAAGCAUAGUAACUCUGCCUUUUCUGGUGUAAAUGUGGAAAAGCAUAAUACCAAAUUAAAUUAAAUUAGAGUAUGGUGAUCAUCUGCUAUUCCACUCUGGUAUAAGAGAAAAAAAAACAUGUAUGUGAGCAUUAGAUAGCUCAACAAAAAUAUAGAUCUGAAAUAUUUCAUUAGAUUGAUAUUCACUCAUAUCUUUACCUCUGUAAGUGAAGUUGGACCAGGUUGUAAAACGCUUAACAAAGCACUUCUUUUGAGUUUAAUAGUUGUGCUUGUUUUCAUGAGGACUCACAAAGUGUUCAUUACAUUCAAGGUUUUAGGGAGUUGAGUUACCGCAAGUGGCAGGAACACAGUAUAAAAAAUGCAAAGAUAAACCGUGAUAUCUCUGAGACAUUUGAGACCAGAAUUGCACUGACAAAAACAGACAUCAGGGGGGCUGCAAGCGCUAUCUCUGCCUCUCUCAACAGCUGUCUUAGCUGUUUAUUUUUCAGGGUUAACAAAGUUUGUAAAGAGAGCUGAACUGCUUGACAUGCAGGGAAGCUGAGAAUUAAAAACAGGGGGGAAAAAACGAUAAAGCCAUUUCAGAGAUAAGACCAGUGCCUCCUUUCUCUGAAGUAGAUACUUUUUCAUGCACAACAUUCGCUUCCUCUGUAAGCAGCUUGCACAAGAAUUUGCAGUAGGAAGUGGUACUGCAGAUAAUGCCUCACCUCAAAUUCUACUGACCUACUUUACUUGAGCCAGUUUAUGUUUUGUUAGUGGCUCUGAAAUCUACCGAUUGUGAUGGAAAAUGAUCAUCAUAACUGAUAUUUCUCACUCACCUAUAUAGAGGUCUUUUGUAGCAUGUUCUUAGUUUUGUUUUCUCGAUUCAAUGUUUAUUCUUUGCCUCUGCUGCUCAUAGUUCAGUUGUUAUUCAGAUUACUCUAAUAUCAUUCAGUUUAUAUCAUACCUGGCACAUGAAAAACAAUUCAUGUGGAUUUUUUGUGUGUGUUCGAGAUGCAGGCUGCCCAGCAAUCGGCUACAUCAUGGCCACAUUCUUCUGAUUGAUUCAAUUUUGUUAACUGUGAGUUUUUUUCUCCUCCUUAGACACUGUUGGAGUACGCAGGCAGGUGGAGGAUAGAGGAAGAGCCUUUACCACUAGUGGAAGUGUAUAUAGUUGCCCUGCUGAGUUACGCCCAGGCCUCUCCUUAUCUUUCCCUGCAGUGUGAAAGUGUCCCUCUUGUGGUUGAGAGGCUCUCACUGUAAGUACUCCCAGAACCUGUGAUUAACUCAAUAUGAAAUUUAGGUCUGGAUCAACUUUGAAAGAUUUAUCACCGUGCUUUUGCUGAUUCCUGAUUUUCUUUUUUCUCCUUUUUCAGGAGUUUCGUUGAGCUUUUGCUCUCAUUGAAGGAGGAUGUUCCGAGUGAAUUAUGGAAGGAAUUCAAGUCAUGUGUGCAGGUAAGGCUGAUGAUUGUCAUUAAAACAAUAUAGAAGUUAUAUAUAGUUAUGGACAUCAUUGACACAAUGUAGAUCCCACCCUCUUCUAGAAAAAAAUGUAGACUCAUAUCACUGUCAUGCUCAGCUUCAAAUGAAUAUAAACUUGAUAUGUUACAUGAAGUGCUUAGAUCUAACUUGUCUAGUCUUGACUUACCCUUUAAAAGGCGGUGUCCUUCGUUCUGCAUGAUGUAUUUAAGUUGCUGUGUUCCUGUUUUGAACAGUUUGCCUCCAGUAAGCUGCAAGAAAACAGCAUCACUCAGCUCUCCCUGCUGUCUGCUCUGGGUCAGUAUGACGGUGUUUGGACCAACAGAGUCCUUCAAGGCCUUCUGUCCAGUGAAAACCUGCCAACUGAACAAAGUGAGUCCAUACUGGGUCUACUCUUUCUUCCAUUGCUUAAGUGUGCCUGACAUUUUCUGUUGCAUGUUUAGUUUUAGGUGACAUAUCAAAUAGAUAGCAUUGGAUGUAGCUCUGUGUAGCCGAGAUGACCACUUUCUCAACCCAACCCCCUGAAUGAAUGUAAGGCUUACAUCUGGUCACCAGAGAUAAGAUGGUGUAAAUCUUAAACUCCAAAUCACAAUCUAUCUACAACCUCCUGUCUGUGUAAACUAAGAUAAACAAGAAGCCUUCUGAAGAGGACAAACCUUCUUUCCUCUCCACUUCAAAGAGACAAAGACAGGAUUGUUUAUGGUCAGCAGGAAAGAACUGCAGGUCCACUCGGUCAGAUAAACAUUUGUCAACACACCUUGACUGUGAGGCUUUAGGUUUAUCAGCUCAGCCAGAAACCCCUAAAGUUGGUUGAUCUUCCCUUUUUGUUCUCUUUGAGUACACCCCAAAGAGAGUAACUACAACUAGUCUUAUUACAGGUUGGAUGGACACUGCACAGCGAUCUUCUGUCAAAACUCUACAUUUACAGUAAAACAGUCUUUGUCCCGUUUGUCUAUCAUGUUCAUAAAUCUGUACAGAAUAAAUCAUUAAGUCUUAAAGUUCCCUGAAGUCAACAGCUUUCCAAACAGUUUCAUGAACUUUUAAGAGCUGAAAUUAUUACAUGUGAAUUAUUACCCUAUUCUAGUAGAAAUAGUGUAGAAAUGUUGAGUUUAUAUCUUUAUCAUUUGUUUAGCUUUGUUAACCAUUAGGUAGUUAUACUGUCAUUUAAUAAUCUAAAUGUUGGUCUGUAGAAUCCAUAAUUAAUUGGGUAACACUUUGACACCUAUCUCUAUAUUGCAUUAUAAAUAUAUGUAGAAUGUGUUAUUAUCAUGUUAUAUCAGUAUAAAACCACAGUUAUAAACACUCAUAAAUGAUCAUAAUGCUUUAUAGCAAUAAUCAUAACACAUUAUAAAGCAUUUUAUCAUUACUUACAAGGUCAGGUAUUAUAAUGUGUCAUAACUGUUAACAACUUACUGACAAUGCCCACAUAGAUAAUGCAAUAUACAUAUAUUUAUGAUGUGUUAUAAUUUGCUUAUAAUUAAUCUUUGGACAUUUAUUAUGAUUUCAAAUCGCUACAUCUGAUAUGCCAAACAGUUUGAUAUUAUUUAGUGCAAGUGGCUUUUUGACUUAAUAGUUUGGGAUAUUUCUACACUGCCAAACGUUUAGUCACAGAGUUGCGGAUGUGACAGACUGGUCUGUGUUUGUGUUUAGUGUCAGUUGAACCAUGUGUCCCUGGAGUGUUUUCAUAACCUGUUGAUUGUGGUUGUCAUUUCUUAACUUCUCAAGUGUGUACAGUUGAACUAAUCCGGAACGCUGUGUUACUCUGUCCCCAUGUUUGUGUGCUGCUGCAAAUUGUACUCAGUAACAGCUGACACCAAUGAUAAGAAUGAGAUGAUCAGCUCAAAUUUUUGGUCCCCAGUCAAUUUAAAAAAGUCCAGAUAGGCUCCAGUCUGUUAGUUAGGAUCAGGACUAGAAUAUCACUUAUUUCCAGACUCUUUAAUAUUUUGUCCCACUUAUUUUAUUUCUCCCAUCAUGACCUAAACUUCCUUAAAUUAGUUCUGCUCCUUACCCAGAUCCAGCUCUAAACUGCCAACACUGACUUGAAAAAUUGCUCAGAAAAAGCAGUUUGCGUUUGCAUUAGUGAUGUUUGAAUAACUGGUGAGACCAGUUGAUUCUGCUGGAUGUUUUCCGUUUCCACUCAUCACAGAGAGCAGCUUAAAAAAACUGUUUGUGGUCGGGGGCAGAAGUGUGCUGGCAGUCCUACUUUUACUGUUUGUUGAAGGGAAGUGUUAUUUGAUCCAGGGUCGGGGAUAACAGAUGAUGCAAUCAGCUGAUCCAGUGUUUGUGUGUAAAUGAUCACUGCUUUCUCUAUGCAUGUGUGAAAGACUUAAUAUGAAGUUGUGAUAAUCUUCGGACUGAAUCCAACUUCUCAAUUUUCCCUUUCCCUUUAUUUCAGUUGAGGAGUUCCUGGCGCAGGAGGGGCAGGUAUUGUUGGGGAUGAGAGUGAAGCAGCUGAUGAAGAACAGCCAGCUGGAAAAAGCUGCACUGCUGGCGAAAACAUGCUUGGCCUGUGCCUCUCUUCAGGGGAGCGGAUCUUUCAAGCAGAUGUACCUCGUCUGCCUCUGUGCUACCUCAGAUCGGGAUCAGCUGAUGGAAGUGGUGAGUGUAUCUCCAAACUAGAAUAUGUCUGAGAAUCAGUGAUUUCACCUGAUCUUCUAUUAUCCUUAAACUGUUGUUGGGGUGCCUCAUAUCACUUUAAAUCAAUUGUAUAAAAUAACCAAAUUAGUAAAACAAUUAGACAAUGCAGAAAGAUUAUUCUCUGCGGAUUACGUCAUGGAAAUACAUUAUUUUUUGUAAAAAUCUCCAUGUAUUUUGCCUGACAUUGUGUUAACAGUAAAAUUGUUUGUGUGUGACCCUUUCUGUACUCGCACCAAGCACAGUUAGGGAAUCAAAUGGUUGAAUUUGCUGUUAAGUAGCCGGUAUGAAUAUGGUUGAAUUUUCACCGGUGUUGUUUCGGAGUUCAAAAACUUUGUCAUAAGUUUCUCAGCCACAUGAUGGCAGACCUCACCUAACAUUGAAAUGUGUAACAGUCAGCAUAAGACGCCUUUAAUGAGUCUCACUUUACUUUUAAGGUAUUGCAGGAUGAGGCUGAGAGUUUUUCCUAAAUUUUUUAUCAGCAGUAAAUUGAGAUGAAAUGUUCCGACUGUGCUCAUGGGAUUCAUCUUCACAGCUUUCAAAGGAGGACUGCCGUGAUGCUUUAGAGAUGAUCUGCAACCUAGAGUCUGAUGGAGAUGAGACUGCAGCUUUCAGCCUCUGUUCAGCCUUUCUGACCCGUCAGCUUCUGCAAGCAGAUACAUACUGUGCCUGGUGAGGAAACUUGAUCCAGCUGCUGGACUAACUUUUUAUCCUGGAAAGAAGAUUUAUUUAAGGAAGUGUUAAACCAAACAUAGAGAAUACGUUUUUUUUAAUCACUGAAUAUUUGUGUUUGAGAGCUUGAAUAAUUACGUUGGACUGUUAUUUAAAGCAUUGCUCGUGCAGAUUGUUGUAGUUCAGCUUAAACACUCUUAAAAUCUCUAAAACCUAUAUAAACAACACAUCGUUAAGACAUUAAAAGCUCAACAAUUUCUGUCCUUCUCUUUAAUGGUUAGCUGUGAGAAGUUAAUUGCUGCUGGUAGCCUGAAAAGAUGAAUAGCUGAAUAUUCAACAGAGAAAUUUAAUGUGCACUGAAUUCCUGUUCUUCACUCAGGGAGCUCACUCUGUUCUGGAGCAAGCUGUUGAAGCGACUGGAGCCAUCAGAGCAGGCCUUCCUUGACAAAUGUCGUCAGAUGUCCUUAAUAUCCAAAACCGUCUACCACAUCCUGUUCCUCAUCAAAGUCAUCCAGUCAGAGGUACGUGAUCAAAAGAUACUCGAAUAGAAUCCGUAAGGGCCCCCAGAUGUCAAGGCGUUACUCUAAUCUUUAACAUGUGUUGCUGUUAUAUUUAAGUUUUUCAAUGCUGUGGUACAUAUUCUACAACUUAAGAAAAAGAAAGUUAGGACUCUUAUUGAUAGAAACGGAUUUUGAUGGUUUGCUGAUGAUAUCAAUCCUAUUUCCAACUCAUCAUAGUGCAAAGACAACAUGUGAAAUACUGAAAGUAAACAACAUUCUGUUAGGAUCUGAGAGCUGAGGAAAUCAAUUUCUGAGAUUUGAAAAGAAAAUGUCCCAUUUUGGCCUAAGUGGGAUUUCAUCUGCUGAACAGUUCAGGGUCUCCUUAGUCAUUUUUUUUUUAUUUUAUUUUGCGUGAAAAGAUUUUAAUAGUAGAUUAGGAUAGUAGGACUGCAGGCAAACCAGUUUAACAAAAGAACUCUUCUACUACAGAGCCAUGUUGAUGUAAAACCUGCAGAAUGUGGUUUUUCAUUGUGUUGCUGAAACAUGAGGGUCUUCCCUGAAAAAGUCUUUGUCUGGAUGGCAGCAUAUGCUCCUCCAAAACCUGUUCAGCAUUAAUGGAGCCUUUACUGUUGCAUCAUUGUUCCAUCAGGAACGCUGGCUUUGAUUUGUGCACAAAGAACAAGUCGAGUGAUCCCUCCCGUCUUCACAGCUGAGGAUAUAGAGUGGAUGGUCUCCAAAAUGUUUUUCACUUUGCCUCAGCACAUGUGAAAUGGACUUGAGGCCCAGAGAAACCCCAUUCCUGGAUCAUGUUUAUCUAUGGUGUCCUCUGCCCAUGGUGCAGUUUUAAUUUACAUUUGAGGAUGAAGUGAUGAACUAUGUUUACGGACAGUGGUGAUUUUGAGCCCAUGCAGUGAUUUCUAUCACAGAGCCCUGUCUGUUUUUAAUACUGUGCUGCCUGAAGGCCUGAAUAUUGGGGCCAUCUAGUGUUGGUUUUGGUACUUGUCCCUUUUGUACAGAAAAUUUUCUCGGAUCCUUUGAAUAUUUUAAUGAUAUUAUGAACCUUAAACGAUGAAUAUUAAAUCUUUGGCAUUUUACGCUCAGAAAGAUAUCUCUGGAAUUGUUGACCCAUUUGCUCACUCAGUCUCUCACAGAGUGGGAAAUCUCUUCCCUUCUCUUCAGCCUCUCUGAAUACUCUGCUUAUACCCAGUCAUGAUGAUACUUACCUGUUGCAAAUUAACCAGAUUAGUGGGAAGAUGUUUUUCCAGAUUUUCUUUUUUUCUUUUCAAGCCUCGCACAUUUUCAGAGUUUUGCUUUUCCAACAUUUUUGUGGGCAUCAAAUUUAAAACAAGCAUUUGUUUUUAAUGAAACAAGACACAUUUCAACUUUUAUCAUUUAGUAUGCUGUCUUUGUUCUUUUUAAAUUGAUGAUUCAAAGAUGAUUCAGGAAAGAUUCAGUCUCCUACUGUUGGGAAAAUUAAUGUCUCAAAGUUGAAAAUGGCUGAAAUGGAUUGGUCUGUAGGUAUGAGGCUCCAACAAGUCACAUUGCUGUUUCCUAUUACUCUAAAUUGUUGUUUGAUUAGCAAAGUUAAGUCAAAUGUGCUCAGAGAUACUCUGAUAUAUAAAAUCUAAUGUCUAAUACUUUGUAAUUUUUUUUUUUUUUCCAGAUUAAUUAUGUUUCAUUGUUGAGCAUCUGUAAGUUAUUCUGCUUUCUGUCUUUUAUAGAUGGACAGCGUUGGAGUGCCGGUGUGUAUCGAGAUGUGUAGCAGAGCUCUGCGGAUGUCUUCAGAUGACGGAAACACCAAGGCCACUGUGUGUAAAACCAUCUCCUGUUUGCUACCUGAUGACCUGGAGGUCAAGCGGGCCUGCCAGUUGACAGAGUUCCUUUUGGAGCCCACAGUGGACUCAUACUAUGCCGUGGAGACUCUUUAUAAUGAACCUGAUCAAAAACUAGAGGAGGAGAAUAUGCCUGUUCCUAACUCCCUACGCUGUGAGCUCUUGCUGGUUUUUAAAACCCAGUGGCCUUUCGACCCUGAGUUCUGGGACUGGAAAACACUAAAGCGUAAUUGUCUGGCGCUGAUGGGUGAAGAAGCUUCUAUUGUGUCAUCCAUUGAUUUGCUCAAUGACACUGAGGAUCCUGAGGAAGAGGAGGACGUCUUCAGUCAGGAAUAUAAUAACGUCCCUGAACACUUAAUAAGCGGCACAUAUAAACUAGAUGAUGUAUCAGACAGGAGACAGAAAAACCGAGAGAUGAAGAAACUGAGGGAGAAAGGGUUCAUAUCUGCCAGGUUUAGAAACUGGCAGGCGUACAUGCAGUACUGUGUGCUGUGUGACAAAGAGUUUCUGGGUCACAGAAUUGUUCGUCAUGCACAGACUCAUCUGAGUGGUGGAGUGUACAGCUGCCCGAUAUGUGCUCAAACCUUUACCUCAAAAGACACAUUGAUCCCACAUGUAACCUCGCAUGUGAAGCAGUCAUGCAAGGAAAGACUGGGUGCAAUCAAAACAAACAAGAAGCUGGCUGAUCCGAAAACAGCUGCUCCUGUUAUCUCAGCGUUUAAUGCAAAGAGAGAAAAUAAGCUUAAAGAGAACUCUGUCUCUGCAGGGCAUAAUGGUGGGUUGGUGAAUAAUGUUCAGAGCCAUGUGGCUCAGUCUAACACUGAGACUAUUGAGGAAAACAUGUGUCCUGUUGGAAACUGCAAAAGAAGCUACAAAUUUUUCAAAAACCUUGUUGCACACGUUAAAGGUCACGGAGACAAUGAGGAGGCAAAGAUUUUCCUGGAGAUGCUGAGUAAGAAGGUUGUUUGCCAGUACUGCCGGCGCCACUUUGUUAGUGUCACUCAUCUUAACGACCAUUUACAGGUUCACUGUGGUGUGAGGCCUUACAUCUGUAUACAGCUGAACUGUAACGCAAGUUUCUUGGCCAAUGCCGAGCUCAUUGUACAUAAGAAAACACACACUUCCUUUAAGGCUAGAUGCAUGUUUCCAAACUGUGGCAAGAUUUUCAGCGAGGCCUUCAAAUUAUACGACCACGAGGCGCAGCAUUAUAAAACUUUCACUUGCAAAGAGGCGAGCUGUGGAAAGGUUUUUCAUUCACAGCAGCAGCUGGAAAUGCACCUGGAGGAGCAUGCCCCUAUAAAGGUUGAAUGCCCGGUUACAGAACCGAUCCCGAUCCCGGUCCCGGUCCCGGUCCCGGUCCCGGUCCCGAUUGUGCAAAAAGCAAAGAAGCCCGGCCCCUCACUUAUUGAACAAAUGCUCAUGAAUCACACUCCCGUUACUCAAGAUAACUCACAAGACAACUGGAUCAGUAAAAGUUCUGUUAAUCGUGAUCAAGUGAGGCCAACACCGUCUAUAGAGAGUUUGUUAAAAUCUUCACAAGCACCUGUUGAACCAUCGAAUCAAUACAAAGUCAACACCGAACCAAAAAAGCAACCUCACCCACCCAUUCAGACACAGAGUUUAAAGAACUCUGUCAUUCAGCCUGUGAUUCCCCACUUGUCUGACACUCAAGGUAACAGGGAGAGUGCCGGUGGUCAUUCUUUGGAUCAUGUGAGACCAUCUCAACAGAUUCAACCAAAACCCCAGUUUCCAGCUACAGCAGGAAACAUGUCGCACAUGUAUAAAACAAACGUCCCACAAAGCAAGCCACAAAUCUUCCACAACACUGUCAGCACUGGAGCUGUGGGUUUCAAGCCUGUUAGCAUCUUACCGCCACCAGCAAUGCAGCCGAGGAUAGUGUGUAGUACCAACCUGUCAACAGCGUCACCGAUCCAGAACUCUAUAAUGCCGGUGAUGCCGCUACCACUCCCUCCAACAGUCAUCCCACAGACACAUACUGUGAACAGACCAGAGAACUCAGUGACGUCCUCCACAAUCACGGGUGCACCCCAAGGGCAGAGAGAGCGAUACCACUGUGCAUAUGAGCCAUGCUCCAGGACCUACAGCUCCUACAGAAAUGUUACCAAGCACAUGAAAGCGUUUCAUUCUGAGUUCUAUGAGCAGUGGAAACUCAACCGAACUGAAAUCAAGGUAACCCAGAUUCCCAUUAAACAUCCCAGCCCAGCCAUCUCAAUGCAGAACAAGCAGCUAAACCCAGUGCAAGCCCAUCCAGUCCAGAGGCAGAAUGUUAUCCAGUCACCUCCCUUUACUAACAUGGCGACAAGCACAAAGUUUACAGCUAUGCAUUCUCUCCACAACCAGAAUGCCUCACUCAUGAUGCAAAAUGUUUUAAAUCCCAUUGUUCUCUCGCAGCUUGGGCAUGAAACAAAUCCACUACCUGCACAACCCCAAGUUUCAGGUAGUCAAAACUGGCAAUCAGCCCCCGGAAAUGGGAAUAUUCAAAACUGCGGCCCCUCCCAAGUGUAUCCACCUGUAAUGCAAGUGUUGCCCCAGGUCAAUUCGACAAAUACUGCUCUGCCGCUCAGUGUCCCAUCCUGCUCUGUAAUUGAAUCAGCAUUGAGCAGAUCAGAAAAGCCAGUGCAGCCACCAGUUGUGGAGAAUGGGUACCAGCCAGUUAGGCCUUGUUACUCAGAUGGUACUAAGUUAGUGUCACAACAAGCAUUGUUGCAGGCGUCACUGUUGCAAAACAGUGUAGUCUCUGGUUCCAGAGCACCAGAUACAAUCAAGUCAGAGCAAAGUGUGCAGUCCCAUUUUCCCUCUACAGACAGUGUUGGGCAGAAUGCCUGCGCCAACCAACCUGUGAAUGGCCCGGUCAUGUCAGAUAACAGUCCAGACAACCAAAAGCAGGCUAAAAAGAAAACUAGGACCAAAUGGCCAGCUAUUGUUAGGAAUGGAAAGUUUGUUUGCUGCAGAUGUUACAGAGAAUUCAGCAGCCCCAAGUCCCUUGGAGGCCAUUUGUCCAAGCGCACCGUCUGUAAAUCGUAUGACGAGGCGGUGCUGAACGCAGAACUGCCAGAGUCUUUUCUAGGCCUUUUAAAUGCAGAGCAAACAGCUGGCGACGCACAGCAACAGUUGCCUUAUCAUCCUGGCUGUGCUUUCGAGGAGAAGCCCCAAGAGACGGUUGCCAAUGGAUCGACAGUCACCAAGGAUUACCCAACUCCAAAUUAUCCACACAAUAAUUUGCCCAUGUACGGGACUGAGGAGUCAAGUGACGACCUUCUGAAACAAAUCAUGGCUGAUGCCAACAUUUCUGAACUUUGUGUGCACACACCUGCUCCCAAACCAUUGCUUCAAAACCCCUGUGGCCUUUACGGAGCAGGCGAGCGUUUGCCGGGGAGUUCAGUGAUACAGCAUACAGAAAAUGUCCAGCCAAAAAGAUUGGAGAACUCCUACACUACAGCCUGCUACCCUCAGCCAAGCGUGGAUACAUUUGUCGGAAGUGAAUACCCCGACCCUCUUCUUUCUCAAAUUCUCACACAAAAUCCCUCACCUGCCAUCCCAGGAAGUGUUUCUACAAACAACAACGAAGUGUACAAUUCUGGGAUGGACAUACAGACAGCGAACACAGGUCCAAACCCGAUGAUGAGACCCCUUUUACCCGACAGUCAGCUUAGUCCAGCAACAACAAGCGGCACACAGGCUGAAACACUGAAGAAGACAACUGAACAAGACAUUAAGAAGAGAUUACGGGAGCAGAUUUUAGCUGGCGACCUUCAGCGUAGAAACAACAUGUGUCAUUCAAACAACACAGACCCUAACCCCAAUUCAAAGGUGUUAGACCCUAUGUGCAGCCCCUCUAAUAACUCUAGCCUUAACCACAUGUCUCAUGAUGCAAACAGUGAUUUUUCAAGUGUAGAAAAAGUCAUUCAAGAAAACUCUGUCAUUGUUCAAGGGACCUCUAACAAAAUAGAGCAACUUCUGAACACACAGAGCUUCACUGGCUUCAGAGAGACCCCCAGUCUGAAGCAGGAGGUAGUGAGCCCCGCCAGAGUCUUGAUCAGUGAUACAGAUCUCGAGCCGACUCAGUUAUCUGCAAGCCAGCAACUGAUGAUGUUAGAAAUUCAAAGAGCAUUUGAAAGGCUGAACUUAGUCAGAGAACAACCCGAUCACAUAGCAGCUCCAGUUGUACAAAUCAGCAAUAACCCCGUCAAACAGACAGCACCUGCCAAUGCUGGCAUUCACAGCUCACCGUCAACAAACUUCAUUAAACCAUUUGUUUGUGAGAACUGUAGUUUUAACACCCUGUCAGGCGAAGCUCUUUGGAAACACCUCUCGAAAGCCCACAGGUAUACAAUCGACAUGGUCAAUGUGGUCAAAAAAAGAUAUGGUGAAUACGCUCCCUACAAGUGUGAGAAAUGUAGCAAAAGGUUUACCCGUAACUCAAACCUUCGCACUCACUAUCAGUCAGUUCACAAACUCCCAUCCGAGGAAGUUGAGAAACUAGAUCUGAAGCGCAGAGAGGCCAGGAUUGCGGUCGUCAAAAACUGGCGUCUUAGUAAAAGCCAGGCUCUGGCAGCUCAAGCCAAUGCAAGUGCAGCUCAGCUACCAAAGCCGGAGGUCAAAAUACAGGUACAACCACCCCAAAAAGAUUUAAAACCUGAACUCCCUGCAGAGCCACCUGCUAUCAACAGGCAGCCAGUAAUUAAACCAAGCAUUGAGACGCCCAAGAAGACAAAAGAGAAAAAGCCAAACUCAAAUGAUGCCGUAAGUCCAUACAAACCGUAUCGCUGCGUCCAUCAGGGCUGCAUGGCAGCCUUCACCAUCCAGCACAACUUGAUUCUCCACUACAGAGCUGUCCACCAGUCUGCUUUGUCAGCACUGGAGGUCAACAAGGACCAGAGUGAGGAAGUGGAUGAAAAGAAGGACCACGAUGAGGGAGAUACAGAGCCAGAGAGCCCACGAAUUUCAGAAUUCAGAUGCAAAGUCAAAGACUGCUCUAGAGUUUUCCAAGAAGUCCCCUACCUCUUGCAGCACUAUAUUCAGCUGCAUGAAUUCAGCCUGGAAAGGGUCGGCAAUCUUGUGUCCACCACAAAGCUUGGCAGGUUCACUUGUGGCCACCAAGGAUGCCCAACAAACUUCAGUUCCUUCUGGAGAUACAUAGGGCACGUCAAAGAUCAGCACAAAGACAUGAAGUUCACCAAACCGGAGCAAUUAAUCCGCUUAUACAAGUGUGAAAUUGAAGGUUGUGAACUUGCGUAUGCCACAAAGUCGAACAUGCUCAGACAUGUCAUGAAAAAACAUCAGGACUUUUACCAGAUGAAACUCAAGACCCAACAGAUGAGGAGACAGAGAAUAAAAAUGACGAAAAAAACUCUGCUUUAUGCAAUGGCAAAGACAAGUAAUGGGAAAGAAAACAUCGAGAGCAAUAAGAAGAUCCUCCAGAGGGCAAGAGACACAAAAAGAUUUAGCAAAUCCAAAAACAACCACUGGACCACAUAUGGAAAGCCCUCUCUGAAAUCCAAAGUGGAGGCUUCUGCGAUGUGCACCAAAAAGUUCCCCUUACAAUACCCCUGUAUGAUCAAAGGCUGCGACUCAGUCAUGAAAUCAGAGAGGAACAUCGUGAAGCACUACAUCGGACACGGACUCUCAGAAAAAUACCUCGAGUUGCAGAGAAGUCAUUUCAUUUUCUGCAAGAAGUCCGCCAAGCACAAGUAUCGCCCGAUUCGGAGCGACGAUUCCAAAUCUGACAACACUUCUGACGUCUCCGACAACGACGUGCCAGCAGACACCGUCCAGGAAGUUGGGGAAAAUGGACACUCAAAGCCUUACCUUCGCAAACGAACCCCAGCAGGAAUCUCGUCUGCCUUCUUUGACAGCAAAUUAACUAACGGUUCAAGCUCAGAAAGCUCUUUAGCGGUCAAACGCAAACGAGGACGCCCCCGAAAGCUGAUCGGAAAAAUUGUGAAACGCAGAAAAAUACAAAAAGCAACAACCAAGGUCAAUGUAGUUUACCGCAGGGAAGAAAAGACCAACUCCGCCCCGCCCGCAGUGACGAAGAAAGAGACGAGUGAGCAGAGUACCUCAAUGUCCACUUUCAGACCCAUGGGAUUCGAAAUGUCGUUCUUACAGUUCCUCAGUCAGUCAACGAAAUGUGAAAUCCCUCUGACAAGGGCGAUCGUGAGUCCAGAGAUGUGCAGGAAAGCUUUGGGUCUGACCAGCAAAGAAACCUGUGUCAAGUUCAGCAACCGUUUAAAACUAAAAUCACUGAACAGGGUGAAAAUUAUCAUAGAGAAGACUUUCUCAAGGUUCUCUGUCCCCAUGUUGAAACAGUUGCAGGACAUGAAGCCCACGGUGGUGAUGAACAGAAAAUACUGAGUUGUGUUUGAUGGGUUUUUUUCUGUUUUGUUUUUUUGUAAAGCAGAAUCUCAGGAGUAGAACGAGUAGAAUCUGCUGCAGACAGUGCCCUACAUCUGAAAUGUUUUUACACAUCCAGUAAUCAAAAAAAUUUUUUUUUUUUUUCGACAAUGCUGUAAUCUUGUCUGUACAUUUCCUUUUGCCAUUUUUAUAGAAUAUAGCAUGUUUUUAUUUAUGGACUGAAGUUGUAUAAUUUUUCCUUUUUCUUUCCGAAAACUAAAAGACGACAUCAGCCUCUGCUGUCUUUAUCAUCCCUGUGGGACAAGAAGACAUGGACUAUCAAACGGAUGUAUUGUUCUGUGUAGUUUGUGAUCCGAAGACGUUGAUUAUUGUGCGUUGUGUGUAUAUAGCUCAAGAUCACCCACUGCCACCAGCAGUCUUACUAUUAAACACUUGGCUUUUUUUACAACCA